UCGCUCCAGAGUAAUUCUACUACUCUCGCUCGCAUUGGCCCCCUAUUUUUGUCGUUGGCUGGACGCGACUGCUGAACAAAAAACUCAGUCUAACCUAUCAACAAACAGAUAAUGGGUGAAAACUCAGACUGAUUGUACUUGGUUUUAAGAAUGAGUGGUUGAAUUGUUUGGAGAUUGGCAGAAAUGGCUAUCAGUACCUCUUCUGCUUUGGCUCUUCACGUCUCCUUGGCUUUCACAAUCACUUCCACACCCACUGCCGGUACCAGACAUGCUCUCCCAAUUCUCAACUCCAUUGGGAAUAGGAGGAUUGUAGGGCUUGCCCGUUGUUCUCUCGGAGGAAUAUCAAAAAAAGGCCAAGGUGCAUUUGAUCCUGAUCUCCGGCCGGUGCUUGAACUUGCUACUGAUUCGGAAUUGUAUGAGCUCGAGAGAAUUCUAUUUGGUCCCAGUUACUUCAGUCCUUUGCUAAAAUCCAUUACCGGGAGGAGAGUAGACAUUGAUUAUGCCAUAAUCGAGGAAGACCUGGCAGAGCGGGAAGCUUUCAUAGAAGCUCUGGAGUCCCGAUUCCUAUUCCUUGCUGCUGAUGCCAGGUCAACUAUAAGGGGUUGGAGGCCUUCAUAUAGAAAUGUAUUGCUUGCUGUUCGGAAAAAGUUAAAUAUUCCUUGUUCUAGAAAAUUGUCAACUGAAGACCUAGAAGCAGAAAUUUUCCUUCAUCUAGUUCAAGAUUAUUCAAGUGAAGAAUCAGAUACUUUUCUAUGCUUAUGGGAAUCAUCUACGGUUACCAAUGAUCAAGGCAGUCUUGAACUUGGACCUAGGCAGUGGAAGGGACCAGCCCUUGCUGCUCGAAAACUUGGGUUAGCAGAGCUCCAAUCAAUGAUUUUGAAGAGUGGUGGAAUGUUUACAUUGUCAAGAUUUUAUCAAUUAUUUUCAAGGAAAUUAUCUGGGAAGUUGUUUCUAGAAGCUGCCAACUAUCAAGUCAAAAAGGAAGUCAUCAAGAAGGGUGGACAAUUAGCUGCGGUUAACUUGGAGUCCAGAGCAGCCUUGCUUGCAGCAAAGCAGGGUUUUGCUGGAGCCGCGUCAAGAUAUCUUGGUUUUAGGAGCAUGAUGUCAUUACUUGGUCCAUUGAUGUGGGGAACAUUUCUGGCAGAUGUUGUUAUACAAAUGCUAGGAACUGAUUAUGCUAGAAUCUUGCGUGCAAUUUAUGCUUUUGCUGAGAUUCGUGUCACUCGUACUUAUAGGCCACCAUCUGAUAAUUAUUGAAAUUUGGAGUGGAAGAUUGCGUCGAACUUUUUGCAUGUUAGAUGGAGAGCUUCAAUCGGUUCUGCUGCAGAUGUAUAUUAUCAUUAGACACUAACGGUCUCAGUUUUUUGCUUCAGAUUAGCUGUUUACUGGUGUUUCAUUAGAUCCAAUAUCUCUUGGAUAGAGUAUUAGAGCUGAAAAUCCAUUAGAUAAUGCUGUAUGCACAUUGUUCUACAUGGUCUGCAGCUUAUAUCAAAUGUCCAAUGCAGCUGGUAAAUUUGACCUA